AUGCUUAUUCCAAAGAAAGUUCUUUUUAAAGUAUUGAAAAUUGGAGAAUUUUGGGGAAAAUCUUUAGGAAAAUGUAUGGAAAGAUAUCAGGAAAUGUUGGAAGAUGAAAUGAAUAUUUCAUUUAUAGCAAAUAACAAGCAAAGACAUCUUUUGAAAGUUGAACUUGAUAGAUUAAGGAACACAAGUAUUCAGAAACACAAGAAGGGUGGAAGGCAGCACCAAGAGUUCAUUAAGAAAUUGGAAAAUGCAAUGUACCAUUGGAAUGUUGGGUUAGAUAGACAUAAAAUACAAGCAAAAUUGGAACAAAAAACAAUUGAGAAUGAUAAAAUUUUGUUAGAGAAAAGUAAGCUUGAAAACACAAUUUCAUAUUUAUCCACAGAAAAUGAGAAGCUUAUUGAAAAAUUGAAAAAGCAGUCAGAGUCUGAAAAGAGCAAUUUAACAUCAACUCCAAGAGUAGGUUUGAAGAGAAAAUUAAGCGAUUGUACACCAUCAUACAAAAGUAAAGUUAGAAAAUUUGAAUCCCAAAAGUGUAAAACCUCUCUGUCAUUUCUCAAAGAGUUUAAUUGCCAACCCAUAUCUGUGAAUGUAAUGCGGGACAACGGUAGACCUAAUGUCAUAACACUAGUAGAUUCUGACAAAUCAGUAAAAGAUGACACUACCUCUUUAUCUGUUGAUGAGAUUGAGGAACUAAACAUGCUCAUAUAUGUUCUUGAUUCUUUUAACAUUUCAGGAAAUGCUUAUCAUGAAAUAAGCAUGUUGUACCAUUCCCUACCUCGUAGUUAUAAGCUUUCCCAGUAUAUAUUGCAUCUAAACUCUGGGUUUGAUAUAAGAGAUACACCAGAUGGGUCAGGUGUACAACAGUCUCUGAAGGUCAGACUUGAAGCCGUUAUCAGUGACAUUGUUUCAGACAAUCCUGAAUUUGCCCCUGAAAAUGUGCUGAAAAUAAAAAUAUCUGGAGAUGGAACUCGCGUUGGAAAACAUAUGAACUUUGUCAAUUUCACAUUUACUGUGAUGAAUGAUUCGAAGUGUGUAUCAGUUCAAGGAAAUUAUCCCUUGGCAAUAGUAAAAACUAAAGAGGCAUAUGAUGAGCUAAGACAUGCAUUGACAGAUCUGAGAAAUGAGGUCAGAGAUCUUCAAGGUUUAAAGCUGGAUAUUGGAGAAAGAUCUUUUCAUGUGAAAAUAUAUCUUGGAGGAGAUUAUAAAUUUCUUUUAAUGGCAUUGGGAAUGUCUUCCAUCCAAGCCAACUACAAUUGUAUUUACUGCAAUUGUUCAAGAAAUGAGCGCUGUGAUUUGAGCAAAUGUUGGUCUUUAACUGACAAGGAAAAGGGUGCUAGGGUAGAAUAUACAUGUCAAUUUGUAUCUCGAGGAAAGCAGCAUAAAAGGUCACAGGUCAAACCACGGCAAUCAUUUUCAGUUGUCAAUCCCCUGCUUUUCCCAGAAAUACCUCUUUGUGAUGUUGUUGUUGACAUACUUCAUCUUUUUUUGAGAAUUAUGGAUAAGCUUUUGGCAUUGCUGAUCACCGAGUUAAGAACUGUAGACAAUAUUUCAUCCCAAAGAAGUUUAAGCGCAGGUGUACUUGAUAAAACAAAGUUGAAAUGCAUACCACAAUUUGAAAAUGUACUACAAAAUAUCGGAGUUAAGUUUGUGUUUUUUAUCAAUAAAAACAAAGAGUUUGAGUAUACAGAUUUACAGGGUCCAGAUAAAGAAAUUGUCUUAGGCAAGUUACAAAUCAAAGACCUUGGAUUGAGUGAAGAAAGAUCUUCUCAGAUUCAGGAGGUUUGGAAUCAAUUCAGUGUUAUUAACACCAUGCUCAAGUCUAGGUGUGAUGUGAAUGAACUUGUAGAAAAAGUUGAUGCUUGGUGUUCUUUGUGUUGGCUUACCAGUGCAGGGACAUUACACCAUACAUUCACUUACUCAGGUACCACGUCCCAGAGCUCAUAG